AUUGGUUUACUUUCUGCUCCACACGCUAUUUAGAGCGUCGAUGUUCUGUGGUGAAUAGGUUUUUCAGCGUUGCGGUGAAUUACUGAAAAGCUUCUAGUUAUUACUCUUUUCGCCCCACGACCAUGUCAGACACCAAAGAUUCAGCAGCUGCAGGUCCGGCUGGUCCCGAGGGGGAUGCUCCUCCCAAAACGGCCAAACAGCUGGAGAAGGAAGCCAAGAAACAGGCUAAGCUUGACAAACUCAAGCAGAAACAGGAUAAACUUGCAGAAAAGGCUUCUAAGCCCAAGGACAAGAAGGACAAACCUGAGAGCAAGCGCCCGGAGCGUCCGGCCGGCGUGACGACGUACGACGUCGAGACGCCGGCCGGCGAGCGCAAGGACACGACGUGCGCACUGCCGGACGCCUACAGCCCCCAGUACGUGGAGGCCGCCUGGUACGACUGGUGGGAGAAGCAGGGAUUCUUCUCACCCGACUAUGGCCGUAAGCCGGGCGAGGUGAACCCGAAGGGUCAGUUUGUGAUGGUCAUUCCGCCGCCGAACGUGACUGCCAACCUGCACCUGGGGCACGCGCUCACCAACUCUGUGGAAGACGCCAUCACACGCUGGCACCGUAUGAAGGGACGCAGCGCGCUGUGGGUGCCUGGCUGCGACCACGCCGGUAUCGCCACUCAGGUGGUGGUCGAGAAGCGACUGAUGCGCGAGCAGAAACUCACCCGACAUGACCUGGGCCGCGACAAGUUUGUCGAGAAGGUCUGGGAGUGGAAGAACGAGAAGGGCCACCUGAUUUACGAGCAGCUGCGCCGGCUGGGCUCGUCGCUGGACUGGUCGCGCGUCAGCUUCACCAUGGACCCGAUGCUGGCGCGCGCCGUCACCGAGUCGUUCGUGCUGCUGCACGAUGAGGGCGUCAUCUACCGCAGUCUGCGGCUCGUCAACUGGAGCUGCUCGCUGAAAUCGGCCAUCUCCGACAUCGAGGUGGAGAAGCGGGAGCUGCCGGGCCGCACCCUGCUCUCGGUGCCCGGAUACAAGGAGAAGGUUGAGUUUGGCGUGCUGGUGUCGUUCGCCUACCGCGUGGAGGGCACUGACGAGGAGCUGGUGGUGGCCACCACUCGCGUGGAGACCAUGCUCGGCGACACGGCCGUAGCCGUACACCCGGACGAUAAGAGGUACGCACACCUGCACGGCAAGUUUGUGACGCACCCGUUCGUCGAGCGGCGCCUGCCCAUCGUCUGCGACUCGUUCGUCGAGAUGGAGUUCGGCACGGGGGCCGUGAAGAUCACGCCGGCACACGACCCCAACGACUACGAGGUCGGCAAGCGGCACAACCUGCCCUUCCUCACCAUGAUGACCGACGAGGGGCGCAUCACCGACGACUGCGGACAGUUCUCGGGCAUGCCGCGUUUCGAGGCGCGCCGCGCCGUGCUGGCCGCCCUGAAGGAGAAGGGCCUAUACAAGGAGACCAAAGACAACCCGAUGGUGGUGCCCAUCUGCACGCGCUCCAAGGACAUCAUCGAGCCGCUCAUCAAGCCGCAGUGGUACGUCCGCUGCGACGAGAUGGCCGCCGACGCGAUGGCCGUGGUCAAGUCAGGCGAGCUGCGCAUCAUCCCGGAGGCGCACGAGAAGACCUGGUUCCGGUGGAUGACGGACAUCCGCGACUGGUGCAUCUCGCGCCAGCUGUGGUGGGGCCACCGCAUCCCGGCCUACUUCGUCACCGUCAGCGACGACAGCGUGCCGCGCGGCGAGGAGACGGACGGCCACUACUGGGUGAGCGGCCGGACCGAGGAGGAGGCCCGGCAGAAGGCGGCCGCCCGGUUUAACGUCCCGGCCGAGAAGGUGGCGCUGCGCCAGGACCCGGACGUGCUCGACACCUGGUACAGCUCGGCGCUGUUCCCGUUCUCCGUGUUCGGCUGGCCCGACCAGACGGAGGACCUGAAGCGGUUCUACCCGACCUCGCUGCUGGAGACGGGACACGACAUCAUCUUCUUCUGGGUCGCCAGGAUGGUCUUCUUCGGCAGGAAGCUGCUUGGAAAACUGCCCUUCAAGGAGGUGUACUUCCACGCGAUGGUGUGUGACGCGCACGGCCGGAAGAUGUCCAAAUCGUUGGGUAACGUCAUCGACCCGCUGGACGUCAUCCGCGGCAUCUCACUCGAGGGUCUGCACAAGCUGCUGCAGGAGAACACCAACCUGGACCCUGCCGAGGUGAAGCGCGCCAUGCAGGGUCAGAAGGAGGACUACCCCAAGGGCAUUCCCGAGUGCGGCACCGACGCGCUCCGGUUCGCCCUCUGCGCCUACACCACACAGGGUCGGGACAUCAACCUGGACGUGUUGCGUGUCCAGGGCUACCGCUUCUUCUGCAACAAGCUCUGGAACGCCACCAAGUUCGCCAUGCUGUACCUGGGAGACGACUUCCGGCCUUCGGAGCAGCUGCCGGCAGCCGGCGGGGGAGAGUGGUCCGAGGCCGCGCUGGACGCCCACCUGACUGAGCACAGCUACGUGGGUGGCUGGCGGCCGACGGCGGCCGACGCGCGCCUCUGCCGCCGCCUGCGCGACGCGCCGCGGCCACCGGCGGCCGUGCGCCGCUGGCGGAACCACGUGGCCGCGCUGGCCGACGAGUGGCACACGUGGCCGGCCGAGUCUGGUGGCGCUGAGGCGGACCCGAUGGACCGGUGGAUCCUGUCCCGCCUCUCGGCCGCCACCGAGGCCUGUGACGCCGGCUUCGUCAACUACGACUUCCCCUCGGCCACCACGGCCUGCUACAACUUCUGGCUCUACGACCUCUGCGACGUCUACCUGGAGGCCAUCAAGCCGGUGUUUGCGGGCGAUGACGCGGCGCGCAAGGAGUCGGCCCGCCAGGUGCUCUACACGUGUCUGGAGACGGGCCUGCGGCUCAUCUCGCCGUUCAUGCCGUUCAUCUCGGAGGAGCUGUUCCAGCGUCUGCCGCGUCGCACGGCCGCCUGUCCGCCCAGCAUCUGCGUCACCGCCUACCCGGAGCCCGCAGAGAUGGCCGCCUACCGGGACGCCGGUCUGGAGUCGGACGUCGAGUUCGCGCAGAAGGUGGUACACGCGGUGCGCUCGAUGCGCGCCCAGUACAACCUGCCCAACAAGACGCGCGCGCAGCUGGUGCUCCGCUGCGCUGACACCGAGACGGCGGAGCGGCUGCGGCGACUGCAGGCGGCCGUCACCACGCUCAGCUACUCGGCCUCUGUGCAGGUGGACGGAGAGCCGCCGGCCGGCUGCGCCAUCGCCACCGUCUCCGACAAGUGCGAGGCGCACCUGCUGCUCAAGGGCCUGGUGGACCCGGAGAAGGAGCGGCUGCGACUGGAGAAGCGGCGCGCGCAGCUGGACGCCACACUGGAGAAGCUCUCCGCUCAGAUGGCCAUGUCUGACUACGAGUCCAAGGUGCCGCAGGACGUGCGCGCCGCCAACACGGAGAAACACGGCCAGCUGGCCACCGAGAUCGAGAGCCUAGUGCGCGGCCUGCAGCACCUGCUGGCGCUCUAACACCGGUCCGGGCGGCGCCACGGGGCCACCGCCGCCCGGUGAAUUACCCUCCCGGAGGGAAUACACUGUCUGGCGGCGGA